AUGAAGGAGGAGGGGCCCGCGGUUGAGGGCCUUGACGGCUCUUGCGAGGCUCAGAAAUGCGAUCCCGCCCCCUCGCUGAUCCGUCCCUACCUCCGAUACAACAACCACCUCUACCGCCCCCAGGUCGCCCGUCAUGUCCCAGAAAGGCGGCAAAGCGCCGCAGCCAAGGGCAAGAAGCCCGGUGCCAAGGCUGGAGCAGACGAGAAGCGCGAGGAUGCCCUCCAAGCAGUCAUCCUGGCAGACUACUUCCAGGACAGAUUCAUGCCAUUUACCCACGAGAAGCCGAGAUGCCUCCUGCCCCUGGCCAACACCCCCCUGAUCGAGUACACACUCGAGUUCUUGGACAUGAACGGGGUAGAGGAUGUCAUCGUUUACACCGGAAAUCACACAGACCAGAUCGAGAGCUACAUAAACGAGCACCCCCGAUGGAGCCCCACCAGCAAGAUGAACCCUUUCACGUCCCUCGACUUCAUACGAGUAUCGGACGCCAGCUCCGUCGGCGACUUCCUCCGUGACCUGGACGGGCGGGGCUUGGUUUCGGGUGACUUCAUCCUGGUCCAUGGUGACUGUGUUGCAAACAUCCAGUUGGAUGCCGCUCUGGCAGCCCACAAGGCCAGGCGUGAGGCAAACCGGGACAAUAUCAUGACUGUCGUGCUCAGAUCCGGUGGCGUGAGCGAGCACCGCGCCAAGCCCAAGGGCUUCACGCCCAUCUUUGCCGUCGAAUCAAAUACGAGCCGAUGUCUGCAUUACGAGGAGAUGAACCCCCUGCAGAGUGACCAUUACGCCAUCCUGGACCCAGCAAUUUUCGAACAUGACGCAUUAGAAAUCCGAACCGAUCUCAUCGACCCCGGCAUCGACAUCUGUACACCCGACGUGCUAGCCCUGUGGUCAGAAAGCUUUGACUACGAGCUUCCCCGGAAGAACUUUCUGCACGGCGUCUUGAAGGACUGGGAGCUCAACGGCAAACUCAUAUACACCCACAUCGUGGAUGACGGCUACGCUGCAAGAGCCAGCAGUCUACAAAUGUACGAAUCCAUCACGCGAGACGUUCUGGGCGGAUGGACUUUCCCUCUUGUGCCCGACUCAAAUCUGGUGUCGGGCCACUCAUAUGUCAUGACCAAAGGAGGCGUGAGCCGAGAGAAAGGAGUCAAACUCGAAUCGGAUACGUUCGCCUCCAAGUCGGUGUUUGGUAGUAGGGUCACCGUUUCCAGUGGCAGCAGAGUAACCAACAGCGUUGUCGGAAGGCGAUGCUUCAUCGGCAAGAAUGUCACCAUUGAGGACAGCUACAUAUGGGACGACGCGACGAUUGAGGACGGUACGACCGUAACGCGUUCUAUUAUCGGCGAGUCAGUUACUGUGGGCAAGAACUGCAAGAUUGGUGCGGGAUCAAUAAUAUCGAACGGCGUCACCAUCAGCGAUGGCAUCUCGAUCUCCCCAUCAACAGUACUGUCGGUCAUCACGCACGAGAAGAAGCCUGUAAAGAGUGACACCAAGCUUCUCGGGCCGAAGGGCAGGGGAGCCAUUUACAGAUACGAGGACGAGGAUGAGGAUGAGGACGACAUCGACCCCUCAGACCCGUCACAACUCCAGAAACCCCUCAUCUACUCGAUCGAGAAGUUCAACAUCUCCACAUCGUCCGUCUCCACCCUCUCCUCAGAAAUCGAAUCCGACUCGGAGGACGACGAGCCGGCCGCCGCAGCAGACCCCAUCCAACGCCAACGUCUUUCAUCCUUCGCCUCUGACGACUCCGGGUCAGGCCACAGCAAGGCGGCCUUCCACAAGGAGGCCGUCAACGGGCUCCUCGACGCCCUCCGCGGCGAGGAGAACGACUUCGACGGCGCCAAGCUCGAGUUCAUGGGCCUGCGCCUCAGCCAGGACGCGUCGGACACCUCGGUGCGGCGGGCGGUGGCGGCGGCGUUCGUGCGGCGGGCCGCGGAGCUCCUUCAGCCCGGGCACGGCGGGCCGCUGGAGCCGUCCAAGGCGGCGGAGCAGGCGGUCGCCUCUAAGACCGGCACGGCCAAGUUCCUCCGCGAGGUGGGCGUGGGCGGCGGCAGCGUGGCUGAGCAGGUCGAGUUCGUGCUGGCGCUGCAGAAGGCGCUCGUGGGCCACAGCGAGGUCGAGACGCCGCGCGCGGGCACGCUGCUCGCCGUCAUGCUGCAGCAGAUGUACAACGAGGACGUCGUCGAAGAGGACGGCAUCCUGGCGUGGUGGGCCGACGGGCGCGCCGCCGACGGCGAGAGCAUGUCCGUCGUCCGGGGCAGGUGCAAGGUCCUCGUGGACUGGCUGGAGGAGGCGGAUAGUGAGGACGACGAUGAUGAUGGGGACGACAGCGACUAG